AUGUUUACUAUUGGUGUCAGUUUGGCAGUAGCAGCUAUUCCUGAAGAUUUACCAAUUGUUGUAACUGUAACAUUAGCACUUGGUGUUCAACGUAUGGCAAAACGAGAAGCAAUUGUUAAAAAAUUACCUAUUGUUGAAACACUCGGUUGUGUAACAGUUGUAUGUUCAGAUAAAACAGGUACAUUAACAAAAAAUGAAAUGACUGUUAAAAAUAUUUUAACAUCAGAUGGAGAAAUUGCUGAAGUUACAGGUUCAGGUUAUGAUGGUCAAGGUGAUGUUCUAUGUGGUCAUCAACGAGUAACUUAUGAUUCUCAUCCAUUAAUUUCAAAAAUAGUUGAAGUUGAAGCUGUUUGUAAUAAUGCUGAAAUAAUCAAUUCACAACUUCGUGGUCAACCAACUGAAGGUACUUUACUUGCUGUUGCAAUGAAAAUGAAUAUUCCUUAUCUUCGUGAACAAUUUCAUCGUGGACGUGAAAGGUCAUUUUCACAUGAAAAUAAAUGGAUGGCUGUACAGUGCACAUGCACACNUUAA